AUGAAAGAGCACAUUGCAAAGAUUCAAGGAAAUGUUUCUGCUUGUCCAUUAUCAACAAAAGAGGAUCAAGAAAAGUGUAAAAAUGCUAUUGAUGAAGCAAAGAAGAAAAGGAAAAACAAAAUGAUGUCAGAUGUUGACUUGAGAAAUUCUGUAAAGAUAUGUGAUGAUAGGGAAGAGGAUGUUGAACUUGGAGAGAUGGGAACAAAAAAGAAGCCACAAACACUUGGUCCAAUGGACAAGUUUGCAUCAGAUAUUAACCCACGACUUUCUUCCAUUCCAACAAAGCAACAAAAUAUAAGUGAUGCGCUUUGGAAAGAUAGACUUCAUAAAGUUCAUCAGUAUGUUGCAAGAUGGGUUUAUGUUGCUGUUGUCUCUUUUAAUUCUGCUGGGAUUGAUGAGUUUAAGUUGAUGCUUGAAGCUGCAGGACAGUUUGGUCCAGGAGUUACACCACCAAGUCAAUACCUCUUACGUGAGCCUUUAUUGAAAGAAGAAGUUGGUAGAGUAAAAGAGGAGGAACUAUGUUUCGUUCUUCUAGGGAGUGUUCCGAGGGGUCAAUUUAUUUUCGAGUUUGUUAAAGGAUGCAUUGAGGAUGUUGGUGUAGAGAAUGUGGUUCAAGUGAUAACCGACAAUGCACCAAACAAUAUGGCUGCAGCUAAGAUCUUAAAAGAGAAAAUACCAAGCAUUUUUUGGACAUCGUGUGCUGCUCAUACAGUGAACUUAAUGCUAGAGAGCAUUGGGAAACUCCAUAACUUUAAGACGGUCAUUGACAGAGCUAAAGGGUUCACCAUAUUUGUUUAUGCUCACCAUAAGACUUUGGCAAUGAUGAAGAAAUUCACACAAAAUAAAGAUAUUGUGAGACGGGGUGUCACCAGAUUUGCGUCAUGCUUCUUAAUGCUACAAAGUUUAAUGUAUAAACAAGAGAAGUUAGAAGCCAUGUUUAUUAGUACUGAUUGGAAAAGGUGUAAAUGGGCAAAGCAUCCUAAAGGAGUAGAAGCCUAUAAAACAGUGAGAAGCACGCAAUUUUGGAAUGGAGUGAAAAUGUGUUUGAAGGUUUUUGGACCCUUGGUCAGAAUACUUCGACUAGUUGAUGGGGACAAGAAGCCGACGAUGGGUUACUUGCAUGGGGAGUUAACACAAGCAAAAGUUGAGGUGCGUAGUGGGUUGAACAAUGUUGAAAAAAACGUACAACCAAUAAUGAAUAUCAUUGACCAAAGGAUAAAGGGUCGGCUUGACAAUCCUCUGCAUUUCGCUGCUUAUUUCUUGAAUCCUUACUAUUUCUACAAGAAUUCAACCAUCCCAUUAAAGGAUAAUGUACUUACUAGUUUUCCCAAGUGUGUGGAUGCUUUUUUCCCGGAUGAUCUUACCACACAGUGCAAUGUCAUCAAUGCUGAAAUCACUAAGUACAAAAAGAAAGAAGAUAACUUUGGGACACAAUGGGCCAUCAAAGGUUGUGAAGAUAACAAAGAUGAUUAUGAUCCAGUUGAAUGGUGGAGUACUUAUGGAACUUCAGUUCCUAACUUGCAAAGAAUGGCUAAGAGGAUAUUGUCUUUAACGACUAGUUCAUCGGGAUGUGGAAGGAGUUGGAGCUCGUUUGAGGGGAUACAUACAAAGAAGCGGAAUCGGUUUGAUACAAGUCGGUUGAAUAAUCUUGUUUUUGUCCAAUUCAAUACUAGAAUUAUGAACAAAAGAAAAAAUGUACAAAAGGAGAAGAAUGUUGAUAUAUUAGUUGCUGAUCACGCUAUUUAUGCUCAAGAAUGGAUUAUUGAGGGUGAAAAUGGAGAAGAGGACUUGGAUGUGGAUUUAGGACUUGGCAGUGGCGAGAGAGCUGGAAAGAGAGCUGGAGAGGGAGCUAGAGAGACAUCAAUGGCGGGUAAUGUGGGUGAUGUUAGAGAAUUGGAUGACGAAGUUGUCAUUUCUGAUGAUGAUUAA